UUUUGUAUUUCACCUUUAUCUAACCAGGAAAAACUCGCUGCGGUGAAAAAUCUCUGUCAAAAAAGACACAUGGGUUUAGACACAAUUUCAACUUAAACCGUAAACAAGCACACAUUUAAAAGGAUCUACAAUUAGAUAUAUUUAUUUCUAAGUCCUUCGUGCCAACAUAAAAGUGUUCAGAAAUACCAGUUUUGUUGUGCUGUACCUUUGGACGGUGCCACCUCGCUGGCAGUCCGGUCCGGGUUUUCUCGCCGUCCCAGCGGUGUCCAACUGUCACCGUCUGUUGCUCCUGGAGGAGAGGCGGGUAAAAUGUAAACACUGGGUCCUUCACCAUGGAGACUUUCUUUAGUUGUUACUCGAUAGACUUCAUCCUUCCUUUCUCAGUAAACCGGAAACUUCUACCAACCCAAUUCCUACGUGUUGGUGUGUCGAGCUGAGUAGUUGGUCAUGAAAUAAACAGCAUACCGACASGGAACGUUAUGUUAGCUAACUUAGCUAGCUGCUACUAGCCGGUGUCAGCUAGCGUUAGCAAACAUUAUUGGUGUAGUUUAGAUUUGUUAAUACCCUCAGUUACCGACGACUGUGUCCUCAUGCAACUUGAUGGAGAACUACGCAGAGUUUGCACAGCUUUGUCUCUCUAGACUGAAGAWAAAUGAGGCAGAAGAGGAGGAACACCGCAGACCUUUAUCAGCAUCCUCCCUCAUCCGCUUCUAUGGACGACCUAUCCUUCCUCCACUGCUCUCAGGGAAACAGAGAGAAGAGAUGAGGCGACACAGAAACGAAGCACAGGAAGCUAAAGGCAACAGAAAGCUCAAGGAUGACUCCAGAAUGGCCUAUGUGCAAACUAUCCUGCACAGUGUUCAGCUGAGAAAGACACCAACACUGCAGGAUUUACUCCAAGAAACGGAGACUAAAUUGGAAUUUUCACACUUGUAUAACAACGGCAGGUUCUCCGGGUCCUGCAGUGAUGUUUCCUUUGGAACCAGGGAAAGUCUUUCACCAGGACCUGCCRGGAAAUUAAAGAAUGGCAUCGCCCAGCCUCCAAAGAUUUCCACAACAUACAGUGCCUGUAUUCCUUCAAGUAAGCCGCCUCAGCAAAGUUUCCAGGAAGAAUACCUUACUGAGCGACUGGACUGCCAACAAGGAUCACAGCCAUGUUCCUUUAAUGCUACAAGCCACCAGUCACUAUCCUCAGGCUAUGUCACUUGUGAGAAUCAAGAAAACGCCACAGCUGAUUCUGUCCGGACGACAGAAGAAACGAACAACAACGGUGKCUUUUUCCUUCACAGCACCUCAAAUACAAUCGCCAAGAUGCCUGAUAUUAUCAGCCAUCCUCCCAUAGAUGGAGAGGAGCUAGAGAGGACUGGACUCGAGUCGUUUUUUUGYACAAACAUGAUGGGACCUAAAGAUCUGUGUAGCACCUCAUUUCACAUCGAUUCACUGAGAUGUGACCCUUUAAGAGCCCAACAGCCUGAAUCCAGUGGUCCACACGGUCGGAACAAAGAGGUCGACAUUCCUUUUACAGCUCAUCUAAACCCUGCCAGGAAUAACAGCACAGAAACAAAUGAUGGAUCGUUUGCUUUGUCAGAAAAAAACAGCCUGUCAGACAAUGCAGAUUUACAGCGGUCGCUAAAUCUGACGGAAGUCGUCCAUGUUCAGAAACCCCCCAGCAAGGCKGAGGCAGAACCUGCAGACAUUGAGAUUGACGUAGCUGACUUAAAGCAACCCGAGGAGUCUCGUCCUCUGAGCCUCCAGGCUUUGCUGAAGAAGUCUCAGGAGUAUCGGCGGCGCCAGCGAAUGCUGAGGAACCAAGCCAAAAACACUAAAAUGCACCAGGAGAGAACGCAGGAGAAGCCAAAAGAGCGAGCGGAGGAGCCGAACCUGUCUGACAAGGAGAACGAUGAGUUACAUCACAAGUGCGCUGUGAYGGUAGAGGGCAAAAAGACCAAGGAGGGGAGAGGCAUUCUUAUCUGGUCGGAGGAACCCUCGCCUCAGAAACCCUGGAAAACAAACAGGAUUGARUGCGAACGCGUAGCAAAAGAUGGGAAAGCAAUGGAACACUUCAGCAUUGAAGAAGAAACAUUCUUAAAAAACAAGCUGAACAGUUCUGAAGAAGUCAUAGCGACACCUAAACAGGUCAGUGUUUUGAUUCAGCAGCAGCAGUCUUUGAUGAAAACCUCCCUUAUCCAAGGAAUGUUUAAUGAGCCACCUGGUCUGCCGUCUUUUCAUGGAGGAGUCGAGAAGUACCGUUCUGUCCCAGUCCCAAGCUUCUGUCUGAGUCCCGUUCCCUGCAAAAAUAAAACWGUCAAUGCUGCAGSAACACCAGAACUCAAAUCCGAUUCCAGUUCUGACUUUAAUGAGGUCAGAGUUAAGGACAUAAACCUCRAUCGCCAAAAGAGCCCARCGGCAGUUCCUUCUGGGAAUGUCAUCGUUGGAGACGAUGCCACAAGCAUGUUCGCCAAAGGUUCGCUGCACAUCGAUGAGCUCGAGUCCAACCUGUGCAGUCUGAAGGUGCUGAUCUCAGAUCUGGAGUCAACAGUCAAAGAGAACUUGGACAAUCACCGGGAACCUAACUGCAGCGUGCAAAGUGAUGAGAACCUUGAGAGCAGCAAGGACUAUGAACAAAUCGAAAACGCCAAUCCGGAUAAUUCCUCCUGCUGUUUGGAGGACACACAGGAUGCUGCUAAUGAUGAUGAYGAUGGUAAUGAAGUAGAUGACUUAUGGCAAAGACAAUCAUUCAUUCAGUUUAAGAACAUGGAUAAAGAUGUGGGACCUAAUCCAAGGUCAAGUCUCAGGGAUGUUUCCCUACAGAACGGCUCUGAGAUCAUUAAACUAAGCCARCRUAGUCAGGUCCGAGCCUCAGUGAAAGAAAACAGAAAUGAGAUGAGUGCAGAAAGAGGAGGCAGCKGUAAUACGCAGCGUGGUGUUUCCAAAACGGAGCAACUCCCUUCGAAAAAUACAAUGUCCGUAGCACAGCAGAUGCGAAUACCCAGUAUUUUCCGAAAUGUUACCUGCAAAAACGUCCCUGCAGCUCACCUUUUACAUCUUAAGGAAAGAGUGGGGAAUAUAGCUGCUGGCGCUGAGGGCCCCGCCCCCUCACAGUUUCUUAAUCGGUCGUAUGACGUGGACACGCCGUCGGACCUUUGGUUGCAGGAAGGAUCAGGRUCCGACCUCGGUUCACAGCGUAGCUACAAUCAGACAAAGGGUCUGACUCCAGAGAGUUGUGGUGAGGAUCAGUCAGGGGUGUCUAAGGUCAAACGGAGACUGCUCAUGCAUGUGACCGAGGGGACCGUGGAGAUGAAUGAAGGAAGRGGCCGAGCAGUGGACUCUGUGGUUGGACCAAACUCCGGCGCUCCUACAGCUGGGGUGUAUUUGUCUGAAGACUGCGGCUUCCAGAAACAAGAGACACUGAAAAGUAAACAAGAGCGACUGAAACAGAUCCAUGCAGCUCAAGUCCGAGCCCUGCAAGAGGAGCACAGGAAGCAGCAGGAAGAACUCCUGCAGGUGAGAUCAUUCAAAACAUGAUUUGGCAACUCUGAGGGAGUAAUUUAAUGUGAUUAAGAUAACAGAUCUGUGCCWACAAAUUURAAUACCACAAGUACAGACCGUAGUCAGUAUUUAUGUUUUAUUUAAAAGUCCUAGUUUCAUUUGUUGGCCAAGUGCAKUGAGUGCRUCUGUGUAUGUGUUAKGUGCCAGCACAGGUCAUGCAGAUUGUGUAGAAACCCUAUUGCAUGGUCUUUUUUGUUUGAAAACAAAUCUUUUAUAUCAAAAUAUCAGAGUUUAUAGAACAUGCUUUCACAAGUACAUUGGUUUCGGAUCCCCACCUAUUUGUUGUUUAGCAUUCACAUAUUUCUCUGAUUUGAGUGGCGCGUCACUCAAAAAYAUUGGCGGAAAAUCCGCCUAUUCGAGUACUUUUUUUYCCCCCUAGAACUAAUCUAAAAUGUUCGAAAGAAAAUGCAACUUGGGAAGCAGAAAUAACUUGGCGCUAUGCUACUUGACACGCUGUUGGCUGGCGUUCGCAAAUCCCGGAGCACCAUUCGUUGUCCUUGGCACCGAUUGGCGAUGGACGGUUGUGGUCCACUUAAAUUAUUCUGUAGUUGAAUAACAUGGACAGUCUGUCCAACCAGGAAGAAAUCCUGUGGUUCUUCUUAUUUUUCAAAAGUGUAGGACUUGUUAAAGACAAGUUGCCAAAAAAACAGCUCUUGUUUUGUUUUUAUGAUCCGCCUUAAUCGUCAAAUCAAGAGACAGUCCUGAGAAGUCAAAUUAGAUUUUGAUUACUUCAAUAU